AUGCAGCGGAAUCUAAUUAACAAAAAUCCGCAACUUAAAUUUCUCUUGGACGACGAGAAGGAUUACGACACACCGGAAAUUAAACCAGACGUUGUCACUGAGACCUCGGAACAGGGUCUGAUAGUUGGUGCACUUGCCGCUCGCUCCAGCGUGGUCUCCAUGCCCCCACCCUGUGCUCGUGCUGUAUUCUCCGAUUCUGGAAAUACCACCAAUCCUAACUACUACACCAGUGUCGACAACGCAUGGGACUGUUCCUCCUCAAGCUUACAUCCCAGGAGUUUCCUUCCUUCUUUCUUUAUUUCUUUCUUUCAAUACACCACUUUUAGAGACAGUUUUGUAUAG